AUGGUGAAAUCGACACAGAUUGCCAGGCUGGACGGCCUUAUGCUCGCGGCCUCGGUGGACGAUGAACAGGUCGAAACAGAACUCGCCGAGGUCAAAUCGCAGGCGAAAAUGAUCUUUCGACGGCUCAAUCGUAAUUCGGAGCAGCAAGCGAGCAUCGAAUCGGGCCAAUACACCUUACACUACGUUAUCCAAGACUCUGUGUGCUUCCUCUGCAUCUGCGACCGGUCCUAUCCCCGAAAACUGGCCUUCACGUACCUCUCCGAUCUUGCGCAAGAAUUCACUACGAUCUAUCCUUCGCAGCAGUACCUGUCUGCAACACUACGGCCCUACGCAUUUGUCGAAUUCGAUACCUUCAUUCAGCGGACGAAGAAAACCUACCAAGACAGCCGGGCGAGCGCCAAUCUGGAUAAACUGAACGACGAAUUGAAAGAUGUCACGAAAGUCAUGACCAAGAACAUUGAGGAUCUUCUGUAUCGCGGAGACAGCUUGGAGAGAAUGGGCGAGAUGAGCGGCCGGUUGCGAGAGGACAGCAAGAAAUACAGAAAGGCCGCCGUGCGGAUAAACUGGGAAUUAAUGCUGAAACAGUAUGGGCCUUUUGCAGGUCUCGGGCUCAUCAUGAUUAUAUUCCUCUGGUGGAGGUUCUUCUAA